AUGAGCAAGUACCAAGCAAAUUUGGACGUUUUGGAAGACGAUGAGGUUUAUGCUCUCCUAUUGAAGGGCGCGUUUGAUCUGCCUCCUCAACAAGUCCAGGAUGAGUUGCUCGGUGCCUUUUUCACCUGGAUCGCCCCGUUGCUACCUGUCAUAGAUCAGAAUGCAUUUUGGUCUCGGUAUAGUGAUCCAGGCCACCCGCCAUCGCUGCUUCUGUUGCAGUGCAUCUUCCUCGCCGGCUCAAGGGCAGUACCGAAGAGGUCGACAGCCAUAGACUCGAAGCAAAUUUUCAGACGGGCCAAGGCUCUUUACGAUGCUGGCUUCGAGAGGGAUAAACUAACGAUCGUUCAGUCAUUGGUCUUGAUGAGCUGGUACUGGGACGGGAUAGAAGACCUGACCGAGAAUGGACUCUUCUACUGGACUAGACUGGCAAUUGCAGUAGCACAAGAUCUCAAGAUGGAUAUCAGACCCGUCAGUAUACAGCUGGAAUUCACCAACGUACAGUCCCUCACGGCAGAUGAUUUCGUCGAUGACCAGUCAAAUGCGGAUACCUUUGGAGUGUCGUUCUUUCUCCAAUACGUCCGGUUAUGCGAGAUGAUGGACCUGGUUAUUCGCAGGAGGAAUGAUUCUUGCUUGCUCAGUGCCGCUGAAUUCGCACAAUGGGAGUAUGAUCUCUGUCUCUGGAUGCUGGCCUGCCCCGAGGAGAUGCAAUGGUCCCCAUUGUGCCAUCAGUUCUGGCCGGGCAUCUUACAGUCAGUGUACUAUACUAUGGUGUGCCAGCUUCAUGCUUUGGUUCCCACAAGAGCUCGGCCCACGGCUUCAGCCGCCGUGGCUCUAGAGGCUGCCUCGACGAUUCUGUUCAUUUUGGAAACUAUAGCAGCUCAUGGCCAGGUCAACCAUGUUCCCCCGUCCGUGAUCUGCAGUGUUCUAACCGUCCUGGCCGCGGCCAAAAGCCAGCGUAUUUCCGCCAGUCCCACCCUUGUGUUGCAGUGGAAACGGAAUAUUGAAAGGUGCCUACAAUUCCUCGAGCAAGUUUCAGAGACUUGGCCGAUAGCACGGCCCAUCAAAGAAGGGGCGGAGCUCAUCUAUCUGUCGACCAAGUGGUUUGAGUCCUCGCUGGAAGAGGCGCUCGCGAGAUGCAAGAACCCAUCAGAGACCCAGGCCGCCAAUGCGCCUCAACGAUGGGAACGUCACUUCCCGAAGCGCAGACGACUAAAUCUCGAUCUUCUCUUGCCGCAGAGUCGGUUGAUCGUCAAGCCAUCGACCGAGUCGAGCCAACUGGGCGCUGGAGCCAGAAGGCAAUCCGAAGGGAGCGGAGUGAGAAGAGAAGAGCAUUCGCUUGACAAGACGAGCGAAACCGAUCACUCCUUGAAUGCGGCUCAGAAUCCUCUAGCGAUUUUCAUGAACUCCCUGGGGAAUGCCUUGCAUAAACUUCUUCAACCCGGAAAACAAUUCCUGGACAGCCUGAGAAUGGAAUUCACGGUCCCCAGGCUCACGGAGUAUCCUCUUGAUAUCCAGCAUGCUCGAAUCGAUCAGGGGUCUUCCAAAGCGGCUCUCGACUUCCUUCAGUACCAGCUGCCUGAACCUCGCGUCGUCGCCCUGACCAUCCAAGAUCCUACUCACGAAUCUGGUCUGCAGGAGUUCUUCCACCGACAUUUUCCGGCCCCCCAGCAAGGCCUCUUUAGCCUUGCUGAUCCCUAG